GCUGUGCCCGCAGUGCUGCUGCUGCCGUACCCCUUCACCAACCUGGUGCUGGACGUGGUGCUGCUCUUCCUCUAUCUCGGCACUGAGGCCACCCGCAUCUUCUUCGCCAUCCUCAAUACCAUCCUCCUGCUCUUCUACGCCGUGGAGCUGCUGCUGGGUGUCCUCGCGCUGGUCUCCUUCUCCAGCGUGGAUUCGUACUGA